AUGAGUGAUAGUAAUACACUAACUAAUGAUUUACUUGAGGGCCAUGUGAUUGAAUGUCGCAUUUGUUACCAGACUUUGGACGCCAAUAGCUUUUGCAGCGGUCAGGUCAUCAAUCCUUGCAAUUGUCAGGGAAUGUAUGCUUUCGCACACAAGACAUGUCUUGAGGCCCGACUUCAACGUACGGCACGUGUAAUGUGUGAUAUAUGUCGGUUCGCAUACAUUAUGACCCGUAAACCCAAACCACUUCAUAGUUGGUUAAUGUCUUUUGCGUGCAAAGACUAUUUCAUCGAAAUAAUGAUCCAAACGUUUAAUAUUUUAAUUGUUUUGAUUGUCUGUCAUCUGAUUUUGACAGACAGUAGAGCCAAACUACCAAAGCUUUUAUUGUCUUCACUCAUGGUUUUCCAGUUAAUCCAUUUGUUUCUCUUAAUAAUCUUUUGGAUACAAUUUGUUCUCAAGUCUCGACACGAUAUGAAUGAAUGGAAAAUAAGUAAUUUUUUUGUAUCGGUUCAACAAAAUCCCGAUUACAGACUCGACAAACGUUAUCUACGGCCGCGUUCACCGGUCAGAGCGUCCGGUGCUUUCGAGUCAACAUCUCAUCAAAAGUCUAACUAA